AUGCUAAAUGCAGAGAUUGAUCAAGAGAAACAAUAUUGGACUGAAGUUUUACGUCGCAUUGUCGUUAUCGUAAAAAAAUUAACAAGUCGUGGUCUUCCAUUAAGAGGUUCUGAUGAAGUUCUUGGAUCAAGUCAUAAUGGAAAUUUUUUAAUGGCAGUGGAACUAUUAGCCGAAUUUGAUCCGUUCUUGAAGGAACAUAUAAAGAAUUAUGGAAGACCAGGUAGCGGAAAAACAAAUUAUCUUUCGUCCACAACGUACGAAGAAAUUGUAUAUAUAAUGGCUCAGAGGUGUAGAGAAGUUAUAUCUGCCAAUGUAAGGAUAGCUAAAUACUUUUCUAUAAUUGUGGAUUCAACACCUGACAUAUCCCACGUCGAUCAGUUGUCGAUUGUCAUAAGAUAUUUCCAAGAAUGUGGAUCACCGACAGAAGUAUUCCUAAAAUUAGUACCGACUAGUGGUCAUAAAUCCGAGCAACUGUACAAUAUAAUAUCGGAAACUUUAGCAUCUUUUCAAAUUAUUUUGGAUGAUUGUAGAGGUCAGUCGUACGAUAAUGCUGCGAACAUGUCGGGACUUUAUACCGGCCUCUAA